ACAUUACCAUAGUUAUAACGGCAGCUCCUUGAACGAACCAAUCACAGGAGCUCUUUCUGGCAUUUAAACCGUGUGGCGUCAUCGUCACGAAAUUCAAAAUUUAGAAAGAGAAGAGAGAGAACGGUCAGUGUUGCUCCAGUGUAUUCCACGUUUUCUUGAAGAAGUGAGAUCGUUCUGUUUAUUUUGAGGUUUCAGAAGGGCCACAUUUGACGGUCGUAUUAAAACCUGGAUAAAAUGGCACAGUUUGGGUUUGAGAACGACAUCCAUAGCAUCUUGAAGCUGGAUAUGCCCAUCACAAACGCUCCCAUGGCAAGGUGGCAGAGGAAGGCCAGCUCAUCAAACACAUCCGCCUUGAACGGGUUGUCGCCUGGCAAAUCUGCCAAUGUGUCGCUCAGUUCAUCAAAAACACCGAGCAAAACACCAGGCAAAAAUAAAAAGCAGACACCCUCUAAGAUGGGGGGCGACCGCUUCAUUCCCACCAGAAACAGCAAACAAAUGGAUGUGGCAAGUUUUCUGCUCUCAAAAGAGAAUGAGCCUGUGGACACCAACAAUACAACAGGAACAUCAGAAAGCCAGAAAGCCUGGUCUAUGUCACUAAAUGGAUACAACAUUGAAGAUGCAAAGAUCCUUCACCUUGGAGGGAAACCACUGAAUGCUCCAGAAGGCUAUCAAAACAACUUGAAGGUCCUCUACAGUCAGGGUGCAACCCCUGCCUCUGUCAAAAAGACAAGAUACAUAUCUUCAACUCCUGACAAAAUCCUGGAUGCUCCUGAUCUUCGAAAUGAUUUCUAUUUGAAUCUGAUUGACUGGAGCAGUCGAAAUGUUCUCGCUGUGGCACUUCAUAACAGUGUUUACCUGUUGGAUGCCUCUCAAGGAGAUAUCACUCUCCUCAUGAAGUUGGAAAGUGAGGACAUCUACAUCUGCUCACUAUCCUGGACCAAAGAGGGAACCUACCUAGCUAUCGGCACCAGUGACUGCAAAAUUCAGUUGUGGGAUGUUUACAACCAGAAGCGUCUACGCAGCUUGGUCAGCCAUACGUCUAGAGUUGCUUCCCUGAGCUGGAAUGACCAUGUUCUCACCAGUGGCUCGAGAUCAGGACACAUCCACCAUCAUGAUGUGAGGGUGGCAGACCACCACAUCUUCACUCUUACUGGUCACUCACAGGAGGUGUGUGGGCUAAAGUGGUCACCUGAUGGGCGAUACCUGGCCAGUGGAGGCAACGAUAACUUGGUUUAUGUAUGGCCACGUAUGCAGGAGGGCACCACCAGCAACUCGGUCCAAUGCUGGAGUGAUCAUCAAGGAGCUGUGAAGGCUUUGGCCUGGUGUCCGUGGCAGCCAAAUAUCCUCGCAUCUGGAGGUGGUACCAGUGACCGUCACAUCCGUAUCUGGAAUGUUAACAGUGGCUCCUGCAUCAGUUCACUUGAUACUCAGUCCCAGAUCUCAUCACUGUUGUUUUCACCCAACUACAAAGAGCUUGUCUCUGCCCACGGAUAUGCCCACAACAAUGUUGUUAUCUGGAAGUACCCUGCUCUCACCAGGGUUGCAGAGCUCAAAGGCCACGAGGACAGAGUUCUCAGUUUGAUUCUGAGUCCAGACUGCUCGACUGUUGCGACUGUUGCUGGAGAUGAGACUAUCCGUAUGUGGAAGAGCUUUGAAGUGGAUCCUGUUAAGAAGGCCAAGGAGAGGCUGGUCAAAUCAACUAGCAGUGUAAUUCAUCAGUCAAUCAGAUAGUUUGAUUCGUCUUGGUGUUUGUGGUGUGUGUGUGUGGGGUUUUUUUUUUUUUUUUUUU